GAUCAUCUCGGGCACGAUGUCAAGCUCAGAAGAUAUGAAGCGGGCCAUCCAGCGUGCCCGUGAGGCCUUCCAGUGUGGCACAACCCUCAGCAUUGACUUCAGGAAGAGGCAGUUGAAAGCCCUGAAGCGCAUGUAUGAGGAGAAUGAGGCAGCGUUCUGUUCAGCACUAGCCCAAGACCUGAAGAAGCCCAAGCAGGAAGCCAUACUGCUGGAGCUGAACCUGCUGAAGGAUGACAUCACUUACAUCCUUUCCCGCAUGGACGAUUGGAUCAAGCCAGAGAAGAUUGCACCAACCAUAAUGACCAUGUUUGACCAGCCAUUGGUGUACCAUGACCCCUAUGGUGUUGUCCUUGUACUAGGGGCCUGGAACUAUCCUGUGCAGCUGGCCCUCCUCCCUGUCUCCGGAGCCAUAGCAGCAGGCAACUGUGUCAUCAUCAAGCCAUCAGAAGUCUCGCCAGCUACAGCUGAAACAAUUGCCAAGCUCCUUCCUAAGUAUUUGGAUAAGGAGUGCUACCAUGUGAUCUGUGGAGGAAUACCUGAAACAACUGAGUUACUGAAGGAACGAUUUGACUACAUCUUCUACACUGGCUCAACUGCAGUGGGCAAGAUUGUGAGGGAUGCUGCCAACAAGAACCUCACUCCUGUCACUCUGGAGCUUGGCGGGAAGAGCCCCGUUUAUAUUGAUGAUUCCGUGGACAUGGAGGUGGCUGUGCGUCGCAUCCUGUGGGGGAAGUGCAUCAAUCUGGGCCAGACGUGCAUUGCCCCAGACUACAUCCUGUGCUCCAAGCAGCUGCAGGACAAGUUUGUGGAGGUGGCACGGCGUGUGCUGGAGGAGUGGUAUGGCACCAACCCCAAGGCUUCCCCUGACCUGUGCAGGGUGAUCAACGAGAAGCACGUGGACCGUCUUAGCGAAUACCUGAAGGAGGGUACGGUGGCAGUGGGUGGGGAGGUGGACAGGGAGCAGCUGUACAUUGCUCCAACCAUCCUUACUGAUGUCUCUCCUAAGAGCAAGGUGAUGACUGACGAGAUCUUUGGCCCCAUCCUACCCAUCAUCAGUGUGGAGUCUGCCUAUGAGGCCAUCAGUUUCAUCAAUGCAAGGGAGAAGCCUCUAGUGUUGUACAUCUUCUCAGCCUUAGAAAAUAUCCAGAAACUGCUCCUCUCCCACACGAGCAGUGGCGGCUCAUGUGUUAAUGAUACAAUGGUUCACUUAUCAGUCCAUGAUCUACCAUUUGGAGGCAUUGGCAACAGUGGCAUGGGUGCGUAUCAUGGCAAGGCUAGCUUUGACAGCUUCACUCACAACAAGGCCUGUCUCAUCCGCAACUACAACAAGGUGGCAGAGAUGAUUGGCAAGAUGCGCUACCCACCCUACAGUGAUACAAACACCAAGAGGCUGUCCAUGCUGCUCAAAGAGUUCAGCCUCCCCAGCCUCAAGGCACUCUCAUAUGUCCUGGUGUUUGGCCUCGGAAUUGCCUCUGUCUUCAUUGGCCAGGAAUUAGCCAAGACUGUGGGUCAUGAUGACUGAAGAGGAAGGUGAUGAACAGUGAGGAACUUACAGGUGGAGGAGCAGUGAAGAAAAGUGAUUAUGUAAUUGCAGCACUUUGAAGUGUGUGUGUGUGUGUGUGUGUGUGUGUGUGUGUGUGUGUUUUACAAUGUUUUAUCAGAAUACAGUAGAUGAAAGUUAUAAAAUUGAGAAAAACUACAAUAUCAUAAAGGUUUAAGGCACCAUACCUAUGCAUAUUACAAGCUUUAUGUAUGCUUGCUCCCUUGAUGGGUGUGUAGGUUUGCUUUUUUUUUUUUAGUCAUUAUUAUUAUUAUUGUAUUAUUAUUAUUAUUAUUUUUAUUUAUUUAUUUAUUUUUUAUAUGAAAUGUGGAACCAAUAGAGUAUGUUCAGUUUGACCAGAGAGAGAGAGAGGAGAGAGAGAGAGAGAGAGAGAGAGAGAGAGAGAGAGAGAGAGAGAGAGAGAGAGAGAGAGAGAGAGUUUGUGUGUCCCCAGCAUUGCAAGAGAGCUGCCAGGGACCAUAUGCAUAAGCCAGAGUGAAGGUAACACAACAGAUAACUCUCAUUGUAAGAUCUUAAGACAGAUCAUGAAAUCAGUUUUCAAAUAGGUAUUAGAUCAUGGUGCAUAUAUUAGAGUGUUUUUAAGACAUAAUUGUGUUUAUCCUUUCUCUUCAAACUCAGAGCCAAAAAUAUAAGGUGUAUUCCUCAUUUUAUCGCUUAUCUAUUUUGAAGUGCUAUGAAGACAAUUGUAUUAACAAUUUAUGCCAUCCUUUCCUGUUUAGAGCAAAACAAAAAAUUGCAACCCUUGUCUUGUUACUUGUACAGAUAUUUACUUCUAAUAAUUUUGCACAAUUUAUUUAUCUUUGAAAAUUAAAGCACAUGGUGGGCUAUUCUUUAUUUGUCUGGUACUUAAUAAGAUACCUAUAACAAGAAUUUCAGCACCAUGUUACUUUAGCAUCAUAACUCAAUUUGAAAAUUCAUCACAAAAUUAGUGUUGCAGUAGCAAAGAACAUUAAAGACUCAUUAAAGAAUAUUAGUAAAAAAAGAUAAAUCAGAGUUGUAAGGUAUUUCAUUCUCUUUAGUACAAAAGAAAUUGAUAAUUUUUUUUAUGAAUAGUAAAGGGAAAUUUAAAAAGAUAAAAAAUAAAAUAACAUGAGAUGGUGUAUCACCAAAAUCCCUGUGCAUCCAGGGGUUUUGGUUUUUAAUAUUAUGUUAGAUACUUGUCAUUACUUGCAGCUUUGAUGUAACCAGAGAUAACCAUUGAGGUUAGGAAGAAAGGAAAACCAGAAAGACAAGGUUUGGUAAGAGACUGGACAUGAAUAUUAAGAGUGAUGUGGGGAAUGUAACUUAAGUGCCAAAGCAGAUUAUGAUGCACUGAUGUAGCCCAAACCUCAUGGGACUUCUGUCAGCAUGAUUACAUCAGUAGCCUUAGUGGGUUAGCAUGUUUGCUGGCAUAUGAGACACACACACAUAUGGAAGGUACCCAUUUAAAACUUUUUAGAUUAUUUGGAGGAAACUUUGUGGGCACAUUGUUUGUACUGGAAAUUUCAGCACUUUUACCUUGAAAUAAGCUUAUCUUAUAAUAAAGCUGUCAAUGAGGAGUGUGUGUGUGUGUGUGUGUGUGUGUGUGUGUGUGUGUGUGUGUGUGUGUGUGUGUGUGUGUGUGUGUGUGUGUGUGUGUGUGUGUGUGUGUGUGGAGUGAAAAAUUAUCUUGCUUUUAUUUGGGACCAGCCUUGACACUUUCCUGACAAAGGCUGAUAUUGAACAAGUCAUGUUUGAGUGUUGUGUUUCCUGAGUCCUCUGUGGCUUGGGACAGCAGGAUGGAGCCGAGUAGCAGCCAUAGGGAGUGUGCUAGCAACAAUGACCUUAGCAGGUUUGGUUUUAAGCAACCACUGUUGGUGAUCGAGAUUAAAUUGUAAUUUCUGACAGGUCUUUAUGAUAUUAACCCCUAAUAAACCAGCUGCUUAGCAUAUACCAUAACGAUAAGAUAAUUAGUUGCCUUAGAAGCUGUGCACUGCAGUUUCAUUCAUAGGUUUAGGGUUAUUCAAAGAUGUAUUUUGGUUAUCCUAGCUGUAGCAGGUUGUGCGCUCAUUAGGGUGUAUACUUAGUUUUACAAACAAAAAAAAAUAAAUAAAAAAUAAAAAAUAUCUGUAUUAUUAUUAUUGUUGAAAAAAUAUAUUGAAUCCA